CAGAAACACUAUGGCUGCCACUCUGUCUCUUACUCAGCUCUCCAGUGGAAAUCCCAUCUAUGACAAAUAUUAUCGACAGGUUGAUCCGACUGGCAGUGGGCGGGUGGCAGCAGCUGAUGCGGCUCUCUUCCUGAAGAGGUCGGGCCUGGCUGACUUGGUCCUGGGGAAAAUCUGGGAUUUGGCAGACUCUGAACGUAAAGGUGCUCUUAACAAGCAGCAAUUUUUCAUAGCAUUGCGGUUGGUGGCCUGUGCUCAAAAUGGCCUGGAGGUGGCACUCAAGAGCCUUCAUUUGGCCGUUCCUCCUCCCCCGAAAUUUCAUGACACAAGCAGCCCGCUGUUGGCAGGAGUGCCUGUUGAUAUUCCCUGGGUCGUCAAGCCGGAGGAGAAAAUGAAGUUUGACUCCAUCUUUGACAGUCUGGGUCCAGUAGGAGGGAUUCUAACAGGAGACAAGGUCAAGCCUGUCCUGCUCAACUCCAAACUGCCUGUGGACAUCCUCGGCAGGGUGUGGGAACUCAGUGACAUCGACAGAGAUGGCAUGUUGGACAAAGAUGAAUUUUCUGUGGCCAUGUAUCUGGUGUACAGAGCUCUGGAGGGCGAGCCUGUUCCCAUGUCCCUACCACCUCCCCUGGUUCCACCCUCCAAGAGGAAAAAAACCUCGGUGCCUCCCGUGAUGCCCCUGUUACCCUCGCCCCCCUCAGUCAAAGACAGUCGCUCCUCCCACGCUGGCUCUAAGACCAUGCCCCACCCCCCUAAACCCGCCCCAGCCCCUGCCCCAACACCAGCAGCUGCCCCUGUGAGUACGGGACCCGUCUCUCCUGCGCAUGCAGUGCGUGAAAAGUGGGUGGUGUCGCCAGCAGACAAAGCGAAGUACGAUGAGCUAUUCAGCAAGACGGACGGUGACAUGGACGGCCUCGUGUCUGGACCUGAAGUCAGAGAUAUAUUCCUGAAGACCGGGCUGCCCUCUGCCACACUCGCACGGAUCUGGGAGCUGUGUGACAUUGGAGACAUCGGGAAACUGACCCGAGAGCAGUUUGCCCUGGCGCUUCAUCUAAUCAAUCAGAAGCUGACGAAAGGCCUAGAGCCUCCGCAGAGUCUCUCCCCGGAGAUGAUCCCUCCAUCGGACAGACAAAACAUCAAACAGAACAAUGUGGCUAACCUGGCAGCUGACUUCUCUGCCAUCAAGGAGCUGGACUCUCUCAGUAACGAGAUUGUCGAACUACAAAGGGAGAAGAGCUCUGUGGAGGAGGAGAUCAAGGAGAAGGAGGAGGCCAUCAGACAGCGCAGCAGCGAAGUGCAGGAUUUACAGGAUGAGGUGGCGAGGGAGAGUGAGGCGCUACAGCGGCUCCAGGCUCAGCGUCAGAAGGUCCAGGACGCCUUGGAGGAGCUGGACCAACAGAAAAGCUCCCUGGAGGAGCAGCUGACUCAUAUUCGCCAGCAGACCAGCCAAGAGACCAAUCUGAUUUCAUCGCUGCAGUCGGAGCAUGAGGAGCAGGAACAGAAGAUAUGUCAGUUUGAGGAGGAGCUGGUCCAGGCCAGAGAGGAGCUCCUCGCUCUGCAGGAGGAGAGCAGGAGGCUGCAGGAGAAGGUCCAGGCCGCUCAGGAGCAGCUCACACCUUUGCAGGAGUCUGUCCGCGACUCCUUUACACAAGUUGCACAGGUUCAGCAGAAACUGAACGACCUUCAGGUGGAGGAGAGGUCAGUUACCGCCCAGCUCAGCUGGAAGAGAGCCCUGGAGGACAGCUCUCCUGUCAUGGUCAAUGGAUCAGCAGGCCCCACUGCAGAGCUGCACCAGGGGGACCCCUUCCACCAGGACCUCUUCCAGGAGGACCAGCCUAAAGAGCUGAGGGAGGAAGAACCAACUGCUGUCUGCAAUCAGCAGAAAGAACAUUCAGAUCAAAAGGAGAAAGAAGGAGUGAACGAGCGAGAAGAGGAAGAAGAAAAGGAGGAAGAGAGUCCAAAGACUCCAGAAGAGGAAAAGUUGAAACAUGAUCCCUUGGAUGAUCUCUAUACCAGCCUAGCAUCCUCUGACAUGUACAAUAAUCUGUCGGUCCUCUCCAAGCCACAGGAGAAACAGGAACACAGCAGCCCACCACUCAACGUUUCCUCAGAGGUCACAGAUGAUACCGAGGAAUCUCCUAAAGAGAGCCCACCAAAGGUUGCAUCGCCAGAGCCAGAGAGCAAACAGGAGCCAGCAGAGUCCCCAGAAACCCCUACCUCCUCGUUACCACCUCAAGUCGGCCCUCGCUCAAUGCCGCCUCAGACCAGCCCCCCCUCCCUGCCUGAGAUGGAUUUCUUCAAUUCAGACCCCUUUACUGACCAUGAUCCAUUCAAAGAUGAUCCAUUUGGAAAAGCAGAUGUUGGAGAUCCAUUCGGAGGAGACCCAUUUAAAGGGUCGGACCCCUUUGCUGCAGAUGCUUUCUUCCAGGCCUCCAGCGCCCCUUUUUCCACAGACGACCCUUUUGCUUCCUCAGCCGACCCGUUUGGUACCACUACUGGCGCGCCAGAACCAGACCUGUUUGCAAACAAGCCAAAUGACGCAGCAGCUACACCAGCAGCAGGUCCAGAUCCCUUCACCUCCAAACCUACAAAUCCAGCUUCAGCAGCCAAGGAUCCAUUCAGCUCCACGGUUAACAAUAUGGCCGAUACAGACCUGUUUGGAGGCAAAGUGAACGCCAUAGGGGAGGCUGAUCCUUUUGGUUCUCAGGACGGAGGGACAGAUCCCUUCAGCUGCUCUUCAUCCAGCUCUGAUCUGGCCGUGAAGGAUACUGCAGCAACCAAUGACCCGUUUGCUCCAGGUGGUACGACAGUGAACGCCAGCUCAGAUCCAGAUCCGUUUGCUGCUGUGUUUGGUAAUGAAUCAUAUUCAGGGGGCUUUGCAGAUUUCUGUGCUUUGUCAAAGGUUCAUGGCAUCAACAAUAAGAACCUGUUUCAGGAAGACAGCCAGUCUCCCGAUGUGCCCCCAGCACUGCCCCCAAAGACGGGUACGCCAACUAGACCACCUCCUCCGCCUCCAGGUAAGAGAUCGUCCAUCUCCAGAACAGAGUCCUCUGACUCCUUUCAGCGACGAGCGCCCUUCCUCCAACAGUCCUCAGGAGACUUCUCGUCCUCCUCUUCCCUGCCUGCCAAGGAUCCCUUAGCCGACCCCUUCGCCCCCUCCUCCCCUCCUCGUCACAACGUACGGGAAGCUGACCGAUUUGCCAGCUUUGACAAAGUGAGCACCUCCCUCUCGCCCUCUCCCUCACCUUCAUCUGACUCUCAGUAGUCACUGGCUGCACUCUCUUUUUUCCUGCUACUAAAUCACAUUAAGUUGUUAAAUUGAAGUCACAAACACCAAGCCAACAAGGCCAGCUUUAAAAAUCGCUCCAUCUACUGCCACUAAAUACUCCCAAAGAACUGAACUAACCAGCUCAUGUAAAAAUGUCACAAAGAAGCACAGGUUCCUCAUGCUACAUUUGUUUUUUAAUAACUCGGUUUUCUUGAGCUAAGCUAACAUAAGCUAUUAAAUCUUCUAUUUUUUUUUAUUUCUGUGUAUUUUAGCUCUUAAUUAUGAAUGCAAUUAUUUUAUUUUGCCAUGUAAAGAUUCUUUAUACUUAUAUAAUUAUUUUUUGUUACUGAUUUAUAUUGGGAUUGCACUCAAUUUAAACCUCCCGAUUGGAGAUGCACUGUCUUACUUUAUGAAGAAAUGUACAGAAAUAUCAUUAUAGCAAAUAUAUACAUUGAUAUUCUAACUCUGCUGCAUAUUUGUUGUAACAGACAUUAGUUUUGUUACAUAUUAAAUUAAUAUAAGCAUCUGGCGUAAUGAGACCAAAUUCCUCCUAAUGCUUGGCAGUGAAUGGAGAGAUUAAAGGCUGCUUGUAUUUGGCUUUUGUUAGCCAUCCCAACACAGUACUCUGACAUCACAGCCUGCACAUGUGCAUAGUUAGAUAUAGAGUUAUGUAUUGCAAACUGUUGAUUUUAUGCACAUUAUACACAGAAAUUGCAUUUCAGGUAAAAUUUCAAAUUGUGUCAGCGCAAAGUGCUUAUUCUGGGUCUGACCAGCAACUGGCCUUAAAUUCAAACUGUCUGCACAUAGUAGUACCUGCUCCAUCAUGGGUGAAUACCACAUUUCAGAAUGUUUCAACCUAUAAACUUUAAGUAUCAUUGUUUUACAAACUCAGUGAGUAUAUUUACAUGCACAAAAUAGUCAGAUUUUUGCCCUUAUUCCGAUAAAGACAAUAUUCGUACUAUGCUCUUUACAUGGUAAAUGAAAAUGAAUAUUCCAUUUACACAUGCAGCCUUGCAUACUCCUGUUAAUGUGCCCUAAUAUGUCAUUUGUCGAGUCAAAGUAUGGAAAAGCCGAACAGCUGGAGCCCCCUGACAUUUUACUUCUUAACAUCAAAAUAUGAUUUUUUCUCAAUUUCCUAGCAGUGUUGGACUUGCCUGACUAUGCAAGCUCAGCCUUCCUCUUUCCUUCCUGCACCUUCUUAAAAAGGUCGGCACUGCGAUAUUUGUGCUCAUCCAAAAACCUGUUGAUAUCCAUGUCUUUCAAAAUGUUGAAAAGCAGCUGUCCAUCUUCCAACUAGAAAUGAGGGCUUUUCUGCAUGUAUCUCUACAGCCUUGAACACUGUCUAGGAGUCAGUUUGUACACAACGUAACCAUGACAACGCACAAAGCCAACCGUGAACAGUCAAGAGGUUGUGCAUUGCAAAAUGCGGUUAAAAACCCACAUAUCCCACAGAUGUUAAUCAGAAAAUGCAAAAUUCAGAAAACAAUAAUCAAUUCUGAAUAUUUAAAUGGAAUAUGCUGUUUACAUGACCCAAAUCAAAUUUAGAAUAUUGUCAUAUUAGGAAUAAUAGGGGAAUAUUGUUGCGCAUGUAACUGUAGUCAUUGCUCACAUACACUCCACAGGAAACGUGUAGAAGUGAAGCUACACUACAGAAAUAUGGCAUUUAAUAAUUUCUGCUCACAUUUGAGAGCCAGGUGUAAACAAUUAUAUUGUUUAACCAAGUUGAAUACAGAGUCCCUAAGGGGACAUGGGGAAGAAAAAAAUUAAAGUAAAAAAAAAAUUUUUAGUGAAAUAUUUUGUGUCUUUAUGUCCACCUCCUGCAGCAGUACAAAAUGCAAAAAGCUCGGCAGAAUGUAGUCGAUCAGCGGGUAUGGUGAUUAAUAAAUACCGUCUUCUUUCUAAUCUUAUGCUUAAUAAGGACAACUCUGCAAACAGAAACUUCAGAAAAUUUUUGAAUGGUUCAGAGCAUAAACUAUAUAUAAAGAUGAAUGACGCAUAAGACGUCAGAGUCUUUGCGGUAGCGAUCAAUAUAUAGAUAUAUAAUAGCGGUAUCAAGUUUCCCGCCCAUAUACCCUUCUGACCAGUCGCAAGCAGUGCCAUUGAAGGCAAGAAUACUGAUUUUCCCACACAGCUGUCAAUCUUGUCAUCAGAUCCCCUUUUUUAGCAUCAAAUGACUCAUUAAACCAAACUUAUAUAGAAAACUGAACAUUUUAACAAACAUUAGCGUGAUAUGAACUAUCUUUAAUGACAGAAAACAUUUUUAGGAAAAAUGUAUUUGGCGUGUACUUUGACGUUUUAGUUUGGCCCAUCUCCCAUCUAGCUACAUGGCGGGGUCAGGCUUUAUGACCUAUACAGAGGCCAGACACCAGGGGGCGAUGGAGAUGGUUUGGCUUCACUUUUGGGGAAUUGUCAUGUCGUCCAUCUUCAUAUACAGUGUAUGGUUCAGAGCAUCAUAACAUAAACACAUCGCUACAAAUCUUCACCCAAAGACAUAUUGAGUAUAAAAGCAAUAAUUCGAGGUAUUGCAAAAGUUUUUGCAAGGGACCAAAAUAGUUUCUCGGGAUAGUGCAGAAGUAUUUAUUUUUUAUUCACCCAUUUAUUUUUUUCUGUCCUCUAUGCCUCCUUAGAAGCUCCGCUUUUCCCUCUCACUCAUGAAAAUAUGUGCACUUAGUCAUAUAUCUAACAACAAAAAAAACCCAAAGUAGCCAAAAAAGGAAAAUUAGUCAAUGUAUGUCUAAACAUGAUUUGAACCCUUGUUAAUAUAUUUGAAAUAAAUUGGUAACAGCAUUAAAA